GCAAAUGUGGUGGUGAAAUUAAAUCAUAAUAGAUGGUGGAGAAAUUCACUUAGAAUCACAGAAAGAAAGGUUUUUAGAGGGUGGAUUGGUCAGAAAAGUCACUAAAUGACAUUUAAUGGUGAAUUUAUAUCAAUGGAGUUGGAUAGGAAAAUACAGCUAGUUAAAGGGUCAGGCUAAAUAUGGAUAUAGAACUGGGUUAAAAUUGUUUGGAAGCAAGGGUAGGGGGAUGGGUGUGAGCUGGGGGCUGGUAUUCUCUUUUUUAAAAUGCAUGUAUCCAACAAUCAUUCCAUUUUGGUCCCCCAGAAUUCCUCAUUCCUGGAUAGCCCGGAGGUGGACCUGCCACUUUGUUUUGAGCAAACUGUUCUGGUGUGGAUUCCCUUGGGCUUCCUUUGGCUCCUGGCCCCUUGGCAGUUUCUCUAUGUGUAUAGAUCCAGGACCAAGAAAUCUUCUAUAACCAAACUCUACCUUACUAAGCAGGUGCUUGUUGGGUUUCUUCUUAUUCUGGCAGUCAUAGAUCUGGCCCUUGCACUCACAGAAGACACUGGACAAGCCACAGUCCCUGCCGUUAGAUAUACCAAUCCAAGCCUCUACCUGGGCACAUGGAUCCUGGUUUUGCUGAUCCAACACAGCAGGCGAUGGUGUGUACAGAAGGACUCUUGGUUCCUGUCCGUGUUCUGGAUUCUCUCAAUACUCUGUGGCACUUUCCAGUUUCAGACUCUGAUCCGGACACUCUUAAGGGGCAGCAACCCUAACCUGGCCUAUUCCUGUGUGUUCCUCAUCUGCUAUGCACUCCAGAUCCUGGUCCUGAUCCUUUCAGCAUUUUCAGAAAAAAAUGACCGAUCAAAACAUCCUUCAACCACAGCUUCAUUUCUGAGUAGCAUCACCUUUAGUUGGUAUGACAGCAUUGUUCUGAAAGGCUUCAAGAAACCUCUGACGCUUGAAGAUAUCUGGGAUAUUGAUGAAGAGACUAAAACAAAGACACUAGUCAGCAGGUUUGAAAAGUACAUGGCAAGAGAGCUGCAGAAGGCCCGGCAGGCAUUCCAGAAACGGCAGCAGAAGAACUCCCAGCGGAACCCUGGAGCCAGGCUGCAUGGUUUGGACAAGAACCAGAGUCAGAGCCAAGAUGUCCUUGUCCUGGAAGAAACUAAAAAGAAUAAAAAGAAGUCUGAGAUCACUAAAGACUUCCCCAAGUCCUGGUUGGUGAAAGCCCUCUUCAGAACUUUCUACGUCAUCCUCCUGAAAUCAUUCCUGCUGAAGCUGGUGUAUGACAUCCUCAUGUUCCUGAAUCCUCAGCUGCUGAAAUUGCUGAUCUCCUUUGCAAAUGACCAUGACAUAUAUUUGUGGACUGGGUAUCUCUACUCAAUCCUCUUCUUCGCCGUGGCCCUCAUCCAGUCUGUCUGCCUUCAGUAUUACUUUAAACUGUGCUUUAUGCUGGGCAUGAAAGUACGGACCACCAUCAUGGCUUCUGUAUAUAAGAAGGCGCUGACUCUAUCCAACCAGGCCAGGAAGCAGUACACCAUUGGAGAAACAGUGAACCUGAUGUCUGUGGACGCCCAGAAGCUCAUGGACGUGACCAACUUCAUCCACCUGCUGUGGUCAAAUGUUCUACAGAUUUCCUUGUCCAUCUACUUCCUGUGGGCAGAGUUGGGACCCUCAGUCUUAGCAGGUGUUGGGGUGAUGGUGCUCCUAAUCCCAAUUAAUGGGGUAAUUGCCACCAAGAAUAGGGCUAUUCAGGUUAAAAAUAUGAAGUAUAAAGACAACCGUUUAAAGAUCAUGAAUGAGGUUCUCAGUGGGAUCAAGAUCCUGAAAUAUUUUGCCUGGGAACCUUCAUUCCAAAACCAAGUCCAUGACCUUCGUAAGAAAGAGCUCAGGAACCUGCUGACGUUUGGGCAGUUGCAGUCUGUGAUGAUAUUUCUCUUAUACUUAACUCCGGUGCUGGUGUCUGUGAUCACGUUUUCCGUUUACGUCCUGGUGGAUAGCAGUAAUAUUCUGGAUGCAGAAAAGGCCUUCACCUCCAUCACCCUCUUCAAUAUCCUGCGCUUUCCCAUGAGCAUGCUUCCCAUGAUAGUCUCCACCAUGCUCCAGGCCAGUGUUUCCGUAGAACGGCUAGAGAAAUAUUUGGGAGGGGAUGACUUGGACACAUCUGCCAUUCGACAUGACUGCAAUUUUGACAAAGCUGUGCAGUUUUCUGAGGCAUCCUUUACCUGGGACCACAAUUCGGAAGUCACAAUCCAAGACGUGAACCUAGACAUUAUGCCAGGCCAACUGGUGGCUGUGGUGGGCACUGUGGGCUCUGGGAAAUCCUCCUUGAUGUCAGCCAUGCUGGGAGAAAUGGAAAAUGUCCACGGGCACAUCACGGUCAAGGGCACUGUGGCCUAUGUCCCGCAGCAGUCCUGGAUCCAGAACGGCACCAUAAAGGACAACAUCCUUUUUGGGUCAGAGUUGGAUGAAAAGAAAUACCAGCAAGUUCUGGAGGCCUGUGCCCUCUUCCCCGACUUGGAAGUGCUGCCUGGGGGAGAUCUGGCUGAGAUUGGAGAGAAGGGUAUAAAUCUCAGUGGGGGUCAGAAGCAGCGGAUCAGCCUGGCCAGAGCUACCUAUCAAAAUUCAGACAUCUAUAUUCUGGAUGACCCCCUAUCUGCUGUGGAUGCUCAUGUGGGAAAACAUAUUUUUAAUAAGGUCUUGGGUCCCAAUGGCCUGUUGAAAGGCAAGACUCGACUCUUGGUGACACACAGCAUUCACUUUCUUCCCCAAGUGGAUGAGAUUGUGGUUUUGGGGAAUGGCAUCAUCGUGGAGAAGGGAUCCUACAGCACUCUGUUGGCCAAGAAAGGAUUGUUUGCUAAGAAUCUGAAGACAUUCAUAAAACAGACGGGUCCUAAAGAUGAGCCCACAGUCAAUGAGGACAGUGAAGAAGAUGACUAUGGGCUGAUGCCCAGUGUGGAGGAAAUCCCUGAAGAUGUGGCCUCCUUGUCCAUGAAAAGAGAGAACAGUCUUCAUCGAACAUUUAGUCGCAGUUCUAGGUCCAGUAGCAGGCGUCUGAAGCCCUUAAAAGACUUGAAAACUCGGAAUGUGAAUAUCCUGAAGGAGGAGGAAGAACCAGUGAAAGGGCAAAAACUAAUUAAGAAGGAAUUCAUACAAACUGGAAAGGUGAAGUUCUCCAUCUACCUGAAAUACCUACAAGCAAUAGGAUGGUGUUCGAUAUUCUUCAUUAUCUUUGGGUUUGUGCUCCAUUCCGUGUCUUUUAUUGGAUCGAACCUCUGGCUCAGUGCUUGGACCCGUGACUCUAAAACCUUCAAUAGCACCAACUAUCCAGCCUCUCAGAGGGACGUGAGAGUUGGUGUCUAUGGAGCUCUGGGAUUAGCACAAGGUAUAUUUGUGCUCAUAGCAAAUCUCUGGAGUGUCUAUGGUUCCGUCCACGCAGCAAGCAUUCUUCACAAGCAGCUGCUGAACAAUAUCCUUCGAGUACCCAUGAGUUUUUUUGACACAACACCCACUGGCCGGAUAGUGAACAGGUUUGCUGGCGAUAUCUCCACGGUGGAUGACACCCUCCCCAUGUCUUUGCGCAGCUGGAUUUUGUGCUUCCUGGGCAUCAUCAGCACCCUGGUCAUGAUCUGCCUGGCCACUCCAGUCUUCAUCAUCGUCAUCAUCCCUCUUGGCAUCAUUUAUGUGUCUGUUCAGAUAUUUUAUGUGGCUACUUCCCGCCAGCUGAGACGACUGGACUCUGUCACCAGGUCCCCAAUCUACUCUCACUUUAGUGAGACUGUGUCAGGUUUGUCUGUUAUCCGUGCUUUUGAGCACCAGGAGCGAUUUCUAAAGCACAAUGAGAUGGUGACGGACACCAACCAGAAAUGUGUCUUUUCCUGGAUUACCUCCAACAGGUGGCUUGCAAUUCGUCUGGAGCUGAUUGGGAACCUGAUCGUAUUCUUUUCAUCCUUGAUGAUGGUUAUUUAUAGAGAUACCCUAAGUGGGGACACUGUGGGCUUUGUUCUGUCCAAUGCACUCAGUAUCACACAAACCCUGAACUGGCUAGUGAGGAUGACGUCAGAAAUAGAGACCAACAUUGUGGCUGUUGAGCGAAUAAAUGAGUACAUAAACGUGGAAAAUGAGGCACCAUGGGUGACUGAUAAGAGGCCUCCAGAAGGUUGGCCCAGCAAAGGGGAGAUCCAGUUUAGCAACUACCAAGUACGGUAUCGGCCUGAGCUGGAUCUGGUACUGAAGGGGAUCACUUGUGACAUUAAGAGCACUGAGAAGAUUGGCGUGGUGGGCAGGACAGGAGCUGGGAAAUCAUCCCUGACAAACAGCCUUUUCAGAAUCCUAGAGGCUGCAGGAGGCCAGAUCACCAUUGAUGGGGUAGAUAUUGCUUCCAUUGGGCUCCACGACCUCCGAGAGAAACUGACCAUCAUCCCUCAGGAUCCCAUCCUGUUCUCUGGGAGCCUGAGGAUGAAUCUAGACCCUUUCAACAACUACUCAGACGAGGAGAUUUGGAAGGCCUUGGAGCUUGCUCACCUCAAAUCUUUCGUGGACGGCCUGCAAGCUGGGUUGUCCUACGAAGUGACAGAGGGCGGUGACAACCUGAGCAUAGGGCAAAGGCAGCUACUGUGCCUGGCCAGGGCUCUGCUUCAGAAAUCCAAGAUUCUGAUCAUGGACGAGGCCACUGCUGCGGUGGAUCUAGAGACAGAUCGCCUCAUCCAGACAACCAUCCAAACUGAGUUCUCCCACUGCACGACCAUCACCAUUGCCCACAGGCUGCACACCAUCAUGGACAGUGACAAGGUAAUUGUCCUAGACAACGGGAAGAUUGUAGAGUAUGGCAGCCCUGAAGAACUGCUGAAAAACACUGGCCCCUUUUAUUUUAUGGCCCAAGAAGCUGGCAUUGAAAAUACGAACUGCACAGCAUUCUGACAGCAAGUCUUACAGGUUAGAGAAGGACUAUUAGGAUCAUUCCUUAUUUUUUGUGAAGCAUAUCAUACAUCUAAAAGUGUGUGUAAAAUGUAUGUUUUAAAUAAGGAUCGUAAGUGAACACCCACGUCCCUGCCAGCCAAGAUUUUUUUUAAUGAGUAUUACCAGCUACAUCAGAAAACCCCUGACGAUCCACUUUGAUCAUACCUCCUUGCUACCCACCCCCCACAAAAAGCACCACCAUCCUAAUUUUUGUGAUAAUUAUUCCUUUGCUUUUUGUUUGAGUUUUACCACUUGCCUUAAACAACAUGUAACAUUUUUUUUAGCUUAUGCGCAUGGCCUGACUCAUACUGCAUGUAUUCUUCUAUGACUUCUUUUGUUCCAUAUUAUAUGUG